CGGAUGAUACCAACACGCUUAUGAGGGAAUACCUCUUACAGAUGGCUGAAGAGCGUCGACUUAGAAUCGAGCGGGAGGCUGAGGAGGAGCCUCGACGAACCGAAGAAGAAGCCAGGAGGACAAGGGAGACCAAGCGCCUGCAACGCAUGGAGGAACGACAGAGACUGGAGGAGGAACGGGACGCUAGACUACUAAGUAGCGAGAUGCGUAAAGACCGAGAGGAAGAGCGGGAAAGGUAUGAGAAGAAGGGAAAGAUGGCGGCGAAGAGCAGCGGGAUGAUCGAGACUAUUUACAAAGAGAAAGAGAGGUUGCGGCGGAUCAUAGCCCCGAGAACCAUGGGGGCUGCCGAAGUUGUCGAGGAUGAAGAAUUGGUGCCGUUGCGGAUGCUCGCGUGUAAACUCGGGCUUACGGAGAAACGUAAAUGUGGACCGGACAUACCAGUUGGAAACAGUCCACCCGUUGUGACACCAGAGAAGAAGCCUGCGGGGAUGCUGACUAACGAAGCCAGGGCACAUAUCGAGCUGCUGAAAACGGAGCAUGGGAAUGGUCAGAAGAAGGUGAAUUACAAGAGUGACACGGGUAAGCUUGUGGAAAUCCGUAUUGAUGAUAGGACGGAAAACACAGUGAAAGUGAUCGAAACUCUUCGUAGUCUUACUAGAAGGAGGGGAUCUGUAGUUUUACACUGUAAUGGUGGAAGGACAUGGGCUGACGGGUGGAGAUUAGUGAGGAGACUCCUUGGGGAAUCGCGGGUAAAAAUCGGACGGAGAUCAAGGCCACUUAGGUGCUGUAAGAGUAAGUUUGAAACAGCAGGGGCGGUGACGCUCAAUCGGGUCACGGAAGCUUCACCGGCUUCGAUUGCACUCCGUGACGAUUUGAUUCGGAUGUUCAAGUGUCCGCCAUUACAGAAAGAUCUUCGAACAAAAAACAUCAGUGAGCUCAUGAAAUACUACAGCGCUGUGAAAACCUUCGCUACGAAACGAAGCAGAUCGAAGGCACGAUUGAUGAUCACGAGGGCCAUACGAGACGGAAAUGGUUUGAAUGUGAGAACUAGAAUAGUUGUGAAGACGCAGUACGAUGAGCGGAUCAAGAAAAGUGAGAUCAUGCGGGUAGUACGGAGGAAGGUGGGUGGCAUGCAAAUGGAGGCAACUCUGAAGGAUAUGGUAAAACGAAGAGCACGGGUUGUAUGGAAGAAAGGACCUAAUGUGGGCGAUCUUCUCCACAACCAUCGACGUUUUUCGUCGACACGUGCAACCAGCUGUCCAUGUAGUGUUAAUCGGAUUCUUGAAGUCCGUGAUAUGCUGGAUGGUCUUGUACUGGCACCACUGGAUCGGAACCCUGGUGAUACUGUUGUAAUGUGCCCGCUGAUGUAUGAUAAGGGAAUGGAGGAUACCAUUUUGGUGAAUGCGGGAUAUCGGUUGUGUACUGAGACUGAAGAGAGGUUGCUGACUGUAGCUCGAGUGGAGUACGGGCAGAGAGGUCUUUCUUCACAGGGGAAAUGGGAUAAGAAGGGAAGGAUCGGUUGUGCAUACGCACUUCCGAAGCAUAAAGAUACGGCACGGUUUCGACCCAUUUGCCCCACGUUUAAUGAACCGUCGGUGAAGGCGUGUAAGAUGGUGGCAAAAGGAAUUAACUGUUUGUUUUUUUCUCUGCCGGAAUCGGGACACUUUAACUUGAGCACCAAACUGGCUUGCCUGAUGUGUGCUAAGAGUGAAUGGGACUUUCUCCUCUCACUCGAUAGCCAGAGGCAUCGUUUUGCGGGAUUGAGAUUUGUGGACGAUGUGAGUGUCUUCACGACCUACAAUACACUGAAAAAGGGUGACAAGCAGAGGGCAGAACAGUUGAUGGAACGGUUCACGCGAUGCUAUGAUGAAGCUUCGACGCUGAAACAGACUGAUGAUGGGGAGGAAAGUUGGACAUUUCUGGGCUACAAACUAUCAGUUCAAAGAGAAUUUCGUUUCCUGGAUAUGACGCAGGCCCUGGAGAAUGAUCAGCAAUUACGGGAGAAGACUGAUCUUCCUUUUCGUACUAUUCAGGACUUUCACUCCUUUUCUAGCAAACAGGCAAAGCUGGCCGUGAUCAUCAACACUUUGCAUAGAAUUGAUCAGAAUUCAUGCAUGGGUAUGGAUGUACUGGAGACACUGAUUUUGUUUCGAUCUGAGUUGAGACGCAACAAUUAUCCUGGACCCUGGUUCAGUAGGGCACUUCGGAACUACAGUAAGGGUAAAGCACCAAUUUGGAAGAUGUUUUAUCAAAUGUUUACAAAUUAUGAGUAAUUGAGAUCAGGUGUAGACAGUUUGAGAAUAUCGUGUUUUGUAACAGCGGCUGGGUCUCGAGUCUUCGUUCUUUGAAUACUUGAAUAGCUAAAUGCCUUGAAAAUUCACAGACGUGUAUUUCACAUAAUGCAAAACCCACCAAAAAAGUAUAAAAAAAUAAUAAAAUUGUUUAGAUUCC